AUGCUUCACAUCCACAACGGGUUCAACAUUCUGGCCCCCCUCCGACCCAACAGUGGCGCCACCCCGGAGACAGGGUCAAGCCCCCCCUGCAACGAUCUGAAAGUAAUUGAGGAUCACAUCUUUCCGAUGUUCUCUCGCCUGGGCAUCCUCUCCUGUCUGGCUGGUAGGUUUACCCCGCCAGUCUACAUGCAUACGGACGAGGAUGAUUCUCCCCAUAAGGACUUUGAGGACGCUAGACGGCGGAUAUUCGCUAUCGCUGACAACUGCAUUCGGUUCAUCAACUCGGUUACCCCCAAAGCAGACACGCUCCUUGUGGGUAUUGAUGACCUUGUCGAGCAGGCCAAGCUGCAGACAAGACUAGACGUAUGGCUCAGGCAGUUCGAUGAGCUGUUGGAACGGCUGCAGUCUGUCGGCAACACGCCCAGUCCAGACGCGGUCAACAUCCUUCUCGUAAACUACAAGGUCGUCUACAUUUGGAUACGAGUCUGCACUACAUCUCAGGAAACAGACACAGAUGUCUACCAGUCAGACUUUGACGAACUGGUGACCUAUGCAGAGCAAGUCAUCAAGCCAGGCAAGGUACAGGCAGCACCACAACUUCUGUCGUUCGACGUCCAACUCCUGGCACCGCUAUUUUACGCUGCGCUGAAAUGCCGUCACUCCUCAAUACGAAGGCGUGCCCUGGAACUGCUCCGUCUAGCACCUCGACGAGAAGGUUUAUGGAACGCGCAUCACGCAUACCUCACCGCCAAGCGCAUAAUCGAGCUGGAAGAACAGAAUCUAGGGGGAGAAGGAUCAUUACCCGACGAGGCAUCGAGACUGUUCGGUCUCCCUCUGCCAGAUGACCAGUCGCGGGUCUAUAACCUGUGCGAGCUGCCCUUUGACUUUCGGACUUUCGAUCAUAACGUGGUGGCUAGCCCAAUGUGCCCAGGCACGCUUGAGGCCAAGUUUCAGACCAGACCAAUGGGUGUGUUUGGAGAAUUCCAGAAUUUCACGGAAUACAUCAAGUUAUGA